CCUUCCAUUCUUCACAAUCAACUCACUCUGCAACUCAAUCAUGUCCUCUGAUUCUCACCUCAACGGAGCUUACUACGGCCCAUCAAUCCCACCUCCCUCCAAAAAAUCCCGAUCCUACAACCGCCAUGGCCGCGGCGGCGGAAGCUGCAACCCCUUCUCAUGGUGCUGCAGUUGUCUCUGCGGUUGCAUCUUCAACCUCAUCUUCCAAAUCCUCAUCACCAUCCUCGUCCUCCUCGGGAUCGCCGUCCUCGUCUUCUGGUUAAUCUUCCGCCCCAACGCCCCGAAGUUCCAUGUCAACGACGCUACUCUCACCCAGUUCACCCUUUCCUCCGAUAACAACACUCUCUACUACAACCUCGCUGUGAAUAUGACGUUCCGGAACCCUAAUAAACGGAUUGGAAUUUACUACGACAAAAUCGAAGCCAACGCUGAGUAUUAUGAUAAGAGGUUUGCUUCCAGGAAUUUAGAUGGGUUUUAUUUGGGGCAUAAAAGGGAGAAUAACGUUAACACGGAGUUCGUCGGAGAACAAGUGGUGGUGCUCGGAAAUGGUGAUCGAUCUAAAUAUGAUAGGGAGAGAAACGAUGGGGUGUACAACAUCGAUUUGAAGUUGAGGCUUCGGUUGAGGUUGAAAGUUGGGUGGGCGAAACCCAAAUUCAAACCGAAGUUCGAAUGCGAGUUGAAGAUUCCGGUGACCUCCGGCGGUGUGGUUUCUUCUACGGGAUUUCAAAGGACGAAGUGUGAUUUCGAUUGGUAGAUCAUCAUCAUCAUCCCCAUUGAUGUUUCUUCGAUUGGGUGUUUUGUUCUUCUGAUUCAUCGAGUAUACUCUGAUUAUGCAUUUUUUUUGAAUUUUUCGGGAUUAUUGGUUCAUUUUAGAUCCUACAGUUCAUGAUUAUGGAUUAUUAUUAUUAUUAUUGUUAUUUAUAUUUUAUGUAUAUUCAUUAGCUCUUAUUGUUUAUAAAUAAAGAGAUUUUUAUUUAUUGUGAAA